ACAUCCCAUGUAGCCAACAAUUCAUCAUACUGUUCUGCAGUGCACCAGCUGAGUGCUAACUGGAUAAAAAAUGGCCAGAUUCUCUCCUUCCUUGAUAUUGGGGUAAUCGUAAAAUCUCAAAAUAGAUUUCAAUGAAAACAAAGGGACCAAGGAUGUGAUGAUUUGCUCAUACAUGCCAGAGAUCCUGCUUCACAAGGUUAGACUAUUAUCUGGAUGAGCCACACAGUGCGGGAGUCUGACUUGCGCGGGAGGUGCGAAAUUCUAAUCAUUGUACUGCUGAGGCACAAUAACAAAUGCUGUGCCAGUCACUAUUGGAAGAGGAGUGAGUGGGUUGCUGGCCUGCCUAAAAUGCUUGCUGCAGAAUUCUAGCAAAGUCAGCUGCCUUACAGGCUACACGCUCGCAGUGAUCUGUCCUGCUUUGGAGAAGACUUAGCUCCUGUGGUAGAUGACGCUCUUCAAUGCUUCUUGAGGCUUGUGAUUACGGCCAUACUCCACAGGAUACGCCUGAUCCCGGUCGAUCUUGGAAGCAAAUCUGUGGCAGGCCUGGUCAGUAACUGUGUGGGGGACCAGCAGUGAACACCAGGUGCAGUAAACAACCCAGCUGAACAGCAGAAGAAACCUAUAACCUAACUGAGGACGAUCAUACGGAACACAGAUAUCUAUUAGUAAUCUUCUCCGGAAUGUCUAUGGGAAUGCUGGACUGUGUUUGGGCUAGGAUGUGCAUUUAAUAUCAAGUUAAUAUUCUACAAUUCUUAUGUUCUUCAUAUUUCUCCAGCGUUGCAGGUGUGUUUUUUUGCUUGAGAUAAAACAAUCAGUAACAUACUCUAUGUAAACAAUUUUCAACCAACUUAAAAUGCAUAAUUCUGGGAAAAAUACAUGAACGCAAUAAUACAAGUAGACCGUUAAUAAGCAAAAUUAAGAAUGUUAAACAGUGACAAUAGAAAUCCAGAACUGUGAGCAACUAUGCUGAAUCAGAUGGAACACAUAAAGGAGCCACCUAUGGCACAUCAAUUCUGAAAUAUUCUGGAUAUACAGUACAUCCUGAAGUACUGCCUUCACUAUGAAAAUAAGCAGGAGGAGCCGGUCGCUGCUGUCCGUGGUACUGAAUCUACUGGCUCUCAGUUUCUCAGUGGCAGCCUUUUUUACCAGCUACUGGUGUGAGGGGACACACAAAGUGGUGAAGCCACCGUGUCUAUCAGCCGUGAAAAGCAAGAACUGUCAGGUGUUAUCACUAAACAGCACCACCACAAACAGCGACCCAACUGACAUCAAUGGAACACUGGACCAGAAUGUUGUUCACUAUAACUGGGAGACCGGAGAUGACAAGUAUGCCUUCAAGUACUUUCACACUGGCUUCUGGCUCUCCUGUGAAAAACACCAAGGGGAAGAGGCAUGUCGCAGCUUUAUUGAAUUAUCCCCGGAAUCGGAAAAAGGUGUACUCUGGCUGUCAGUGAUCUCCGAGUUUCUGUACAUCAUCCUGCUAAGCCUUGGCUUUCUGCUUAUGUGCUUAGAGCUCUUCACCUCUAGUAACUUCAUCGAUGGCCUGAAAAUCAAUGCGUUUGCUGCUAUUAUAACAGUGCUCUCAGGUCUCCUUGGCAUGGUAGCCCAUAUGAUGUACAUGACCGUUUUCCAGGUGACUGUAAACCUAGGACCCAAGGACUGGAGACCACAGACUUGGUAUUAUGGCUGGUCUUUUGGUCUGGCCUGGCUGUCCUUCACCUUGUGCAUGUCUGCUUCUGUCCUCACCCUCAACACUUACACCAAGACCAUCCUGGAGUUCAAGUACCGUCGAAGGAUCUUUGAAAAAAAUGUACGAGAAUGCAAUCCUUUCCUGGACUCUGAGAUGGUGCGUUUCCUCUGGGAGAAGUACAUCUUCUCUGUCAGUGGUACCCUUGAAGACCCAUUGAACUGGCACAAGGGAUUUGGAAACCCCAUUUUAUUGGAUAUCGACAGCAUUACCGAUCUGCAGGGUGCGGGGAAGGAGGAGGAAAGAAGUGUAGAAGUAGAGGACGAUGGAGAACAGUGUUAACACAGACACACUACAUCAAGUCACCAAUGUAUAUCAAAAUAAAAGCUUAGUUAAAUGA